CGGCCUUCCGGAGUUUCUCAUGUAGCCAACGGUAUAAUAGUCAGUGCUUGCUUGAAAAGCGUUCUCGGGCGACGUAGAUUGACGACAUCGGACAGUCCAGCCGUUUGAAUCUCGUUGGUAAGGACAGUCGAUGUUUGCCGCAGAGCCCCAUCCGCGUGUGAAUCCUGCAGUUGCAGUGACUCGAACUUGCCGACGGCUGCCAUUGGAGACGGCAGGCAACAAUUUUUCGGAUGACUCAUGACGCAGCGCGACGUGUUCACUUCAAGUUGGAAUGCAAGCGUUGCUAUUCUCGGUGGAUUGAUCGCAGCACUAGCAGCACUCGUUCCUCUUCUACUCGGCAAUUGUGGCAAACUUCUGCUGCAAGCCUGUUGCAUCACAGGACAAUUCGACACGUUGACUGUGGAUGUGUGCACGUAUUUAAUAGGCGCCAGCAUAGCGAUCGGUGCACGAGAAUCGCGUCCAAUGCCGCCAUUGAUUAGGAACUUCUGGAGGGUAGCUAAAGGACGAAACAGCUACCAUUUAGCGGUUGUCUUCAAUGAAAACAUUGUACCGUGCUGGCAUUUGCGUACUCAACAAGCAAUGCCAGGUCGGCUCGGUUAUUUGCUGUUGUGUCAAUUCAAGGAGGAGAUUCCGGUGGUCGAGCCUAGACCGUUGAUUGGUCAAAUAUUGUUCACUGAGCUUUUAUUCCUGAACCAGACGAUGGCUCUGCGGUCGCGAUUCUCGUCGCGAUGGGCGGCGUGUAUGCGUACUGCGCGUGUCCACCGCAUCUUCUCCACUGUUACGCCACCCAGGCCUUCAACAGCACCAAAGUCCAAGCGACGUGUAGUAUUGUCAAUUGACAAGCUCAAUUCACACGGCGAUGGUGUCGGCACCUACAUUUCCCCGGAAGGAGUGAAGAUGCAAGUGGUGGUGCCGUUUUCAGCUCCAGGUGACGAGAUUCAGGCCGAACUUUGGGAACGCGACGUGCAGUCUAGAGAGAAGUGGGCGGCAGAUAAGCCGCAGAGCGCAUGGCCGGUCUUCGGACAGCAAGUGGCACUGUCCGAGCCCAGUGGCCAUCGUACACAACCUCAAUGUAGCAAAUACUUUGGGAUCUGUGGUGGAUGUAAGCUACAGCACGUGAGCUACACGCAGCAACUUGAAGAAAAACAGGAAUGGAUCCAGGAACUAUUCGCCGAGCGGCGCCACUCACCAGACAUGGAGAUCCGUGACAUUUUAGGCGUGGAAACUGAAGGAGAACAGGGUGGGAUCUAUCACUACCGAAACAAAAUGGAGUUCACCUGUAGUACUGGUCGCUGGCUACUGGACGAGGACAAGCCAUCGAGCGAUAACAGUGAAGCUCCACGCUACCCCUUUACAGUCGGAAUGUUUCCUGUGGCUUCAGUGAGUGCUCGUCGAUCCAAGCAAAUCCACGGCAAGAGUAAGGCACGUCGGCGUCGUGCUACAGUGUGGAGUCCUCGAAUUUUGUCGUUGAAUGAGUGUCUGUUACAAUCGUCGGCUUGCAAUCGAUUGCUGCAACAACUCGUGGUCAGAAGUGAAGAUCUGGGGCUGCAAGCGUAUGAUUUCAACACGCACGAAGGCUUUCUGAAGCAGAUUGUAUUGCGUCGCGGUGUGAAUAGCCAAGGCCGCACAGAGAUCAUGUUGGGCCUGGUGACAACAACGUUUGAAGGAGAACAGAGUGAGCUGCUGAAAAGCAUCAUACAAGGCCUUGUAUGCGAGCAUGAAAAGGAUUUACUAGCCGAGACCGAAGAUGCCCCACGACUCGUGUCGAUUGUGGAGAGUUUAGACGGCGAAGCUCAACGACAUCGACGCCAGAAAGGCGAAGAGCCAGCCGAGAGUACUGGCGAGGAACGCGUUCUAUACGGCAGUUCGCACUUUGAAGACACGAUUCUAAAACACAGAUUCGAGGUUUCUUUCAACUCGUUCUUCCAGCCCAAUUCGAAUCAGGCAAGUGUGCUCUAUCGAGAAAUCCAGCACAUGAUAGCGGCGUUGCCAGAGCAACCUGUGGUCUGGGAUCUCUUCUGUGGUGUGGGUAGUAUCGGCAUUUGCAUGGGUCCUUACGCCAAGAAAGUGGUGGGAUUCGAGCUAGUUGAUGCGGCUGUGGAGCGUGCAAAGGUGAACGCUAGUCUGAAUGGCUACACUCCGGAUCACAUGCAGUUCUUUUGCGUUGACUUGGCCAAGAGCUGGCAGGAAGAGGAGUUUCUCAACAAGAUUGCGUCCACCUCGAAUGGUAGUUCCUCCUCUGAGCUACCAGAUCUGGUGAUUGUGGAUCCUCCUCGAGCGGGACUGCACAAAAAACUUAUCAAGAUGUUGCGUCGUAUUGCUCCGCGCCACAUUUGCUACGUAUCAUGCAAUCCCCACUCCCAGGUGCCUGAUCUUGAGGCGUUCUGCGCUAAGGCAAAGCCUGAAAUCGGUGAAGUUGGCACCUACCGAGUGCGAUACCUACAGCCAGUGGACAUGCUCCCCCAUACUCCGCACAUUGAGACGAUCGCAUGGCUUGAGCGGUGCGAUUAGUUAAAGAAACAGAAUAAAGUCUCUAUCAAUAGGCAUAAGAGGAAACUUAUCCACAAGAGACUAUUUCAGCCGUACGAUUGAAAGUAGAACGAGGAAUAUAUCGUUGGCGUCAUCUCUACCGCUCGCGACCG